AUGGCUUCCACCUCCCUCCUAUCGCUGAACGACGACGUUCUCAUCGAAAUCUUCUCCCUCCUAGACUGCAAGGAGGCACUGGCGACGUCGUACACCUCCAAACACGCUUAUCGACUAGCCAUAUCCCAUGCCUUUACCAGUCUGCGCUGGUGCAGUGACAAGUAUGGGUCCGUGCCCGAAACCGAGUCCUCUGAGCCCUAUGCCAUGUGGGAGUACAUGCGCGCACCAGAGCCACUUUCUCAGGUCCCUCGCGUUCAACACCUCCAGCACUUCACCACGCAGUUCUUUCAACAAGUCGACGUACCGCCUCUGCAGCAACUCCUCAGCCACGCCUCCAACCUCCGCACCAUCGAGCUCUGGCACUUCGAAUAUUUUGUCAAAGAAGACAGAGAAAGUCUCAGCCGAGCAAUCAGCGCGAUGCACUACCUCAAGCGAGCGCGUCUGGUAUCUAUCGCCUUUGAGACGAUCUCUCUUCUGCCAGCCAUGUUUUCAGGCUCGAAAAUUGCCUCGUUGGACCUCCAUUUGGCUUACUCCUACAACGAUCCAGAUCACACUCCCAAGCUUGCGGCACUCAUAUCCGUCCUUGGCUCCCUCCCGAGCAUACACACUUUUACGAUCGACUUCAACCGUGUCUCCGUGCUAUCGAACACCCUCGGAAGAACCAAUAGAAACCUUCCCUCGAUCCACCACCUCUCCCUCGUAUGUUCCUCAGAGGUGGCCACGAGUUUCGUGACGCUAUGCCCCAACCUUCUCACGUUGUCCUUAAGGCUGCAUGGCAAAAACCCGAUAUUAUCUGUGGGGGUGGGCGACCGCUGGCCUGCUGGCCUGAAGGAGCUCAGUAUCCAAUCGCAUUGCGUCGUUACCAAAGACACGGCCCGACGGAUAGGACACGUCGACCAUGUAUCGUUAGUGGACGACUUGGAAUCACCACCCGGUGGCCCUGGUGUCCUCGACUUCCUCCCGCUGCUCGAAGCAAUCCGGCCCUUCGCUCUCACACUGCAGAUGAGACCUGUCCUGACCGAGCAGGAGCACGUGUGGAAGUCCCUUUGCAUUGCCGCGCCUCACCUCCGCUCCCUCAAGGUCAAAGCGGGAGGGUGCAACGUGCGCGACUACGUGGACUCGAUGCUGCCCGCGCUGAAAUCCUCGUCGCUUUUCCACCUCAGCCUCCAUUUCCCGCCGCCCACGCACCUAUUGUUCACCCCGAGCAAGACCGAGGUCGACGACCGGCGUGCGACGGAGGCCUGCCGGGUCGAGGCGCUGCUCUCUCCCCCCCCCCGGCUCGUCGCGGUCGCACCGUCGCUCAGGCUCAUCGCGCUGCGCUCCUGUCUGCCGCGGACCAGUGGGUCGAACGAAUUCGACAAUCUUCAGGCCCGCGCGGAGCUCGCGCGCGAGGACGAGAACGAGCAGUGGUGGGGCCGGACGAGCGAGUUCGUGCGCCCCGCGUUGGGGAGGCUGCGGGAGCUCCGGAAGGAGGUCCCGCGCGACGACCGGUGGUGGUGGGUCGAGGGCGAGGGUGCGGCGCGCCGACCGGUGGAGAUCUGGCGGGAGGACGGCGAGCGGGCGCGGGCGCUGAUCGAACGCGCGGACUUUGACGCUGCGAGGAGUUUCGACGGGUUUUAUUCCGCGAAGUGCAGGUAUGAGCGGUAG